ACCUCCCCUUCCUUUCUGGAUCACUCACGAAUCAUCAAGGUCUGACACUCGGUGCCACCCACUCACUUUGCUUCCAAUCAUCCUAUUCCAUUGCACAUACUUUUCGCCUGGCCUCGCCAUCCGCUUCACCGCCUCAUUUCGUCACAUGAUACCACUUCCGGUCUCGACCCUGCUCGACUUGGACUCUUGCUCAACAGGCGUCCAUGAACAUCGACAAACCUCUCGACGAGCUCAUCAAGUCCGAUCCGUCGGGUCGUCGCGGCCGUGGCCGCGGCCGUGGCGGAAGCAGGACCGGCGGAGGUGCGGACGCACGGAAGCGCUCCAGCGCCAGCGGGCGCAACGCUGGCGCCAAGGCCGGUGCAGCUGCCAACAACUCCACCAAGGCGCAGCGCCAGGCUGCCGCCAAUGCCACCAAGCCGCCCGUCAUCAUCCCCGGCCGCGGCGUCGGCGCGGCCACCGGUAGCAAGAUCAUCCUGAGCAACUUGCCGCUCGACGUGACGGAUGCUCAAGUUAGGGAACUCUUCUCAUCCAGCAUCGGCCCCGUCAAGAAGAUCGCCAUGAACUACAACAUGAAGGGCGUCUCGACGGGCAUCUGUACCGUCGAGUUUGUGCGCUCGGAGGAUGCGAACCGCAGCUACCAGCAGUACAACAACCGCUUGAUCGAUGGCAAGAAGCCGCUCAAGGUCGAAGUCGUCGUCGACCCGGCCAAGGUACCGCUCAAGGCACCGCUCAAGGCACCAGCAGCUUUGGGCGCUCACGCCGGGCCGCGGGCCGCAAAUGGGGCUGGCGCGAAGGGCGGCGCCCGCGGCGGCGCGACCGUACGUGGCACUGGGCGUGGCGGACGCGGCGGACGAACACCUAAGCCACGCAAGACGGUGGAGGAUCUGGAUGCCGAGAUGGAAGACUAUGCCAAGGCUGGACAGAACGACAGCAAUGCUGCUGCUCCCGCCGCCGCUGCUGCUGCCACUUCGACUGCUGCGUAGAGCAAGAGCCUAACAAGCGAGUGGGCUCGGGCUCAUUUGUUCAGCCAGCAAGCUGACAAUG